AUGGCAGUACCACGAACACUCGCAUCUUCCAUUCUUCAUUCCCACACACUGCCACGCGCGCCAUGCCGCUUCCGCUUUCGUUUUCGCUUUCCCUCAACUUUCUGCACUCUCACGUUUUCCCCUUCCAAUUUUCCCGCUAAAUCUUCUUCGCGCCUCACCGUCUUCUCCGCCUCAUCCACCGAGCACCACCACGGCACAUCUCAAGACCUCGCCAUCCUUCUCGAAGUCGACGGGGUUCUUUUGGACUCGCACCGCGUCGGAAAUCGCAUUGCCUUCAACAAAGCGUUCGAGAGGCUUGGACUCGAUUGCGCCAACUGGACUGAACCUGUCUAUUCGGAUCUUGCGAAGAGAAGUGCUGGAGAUGAAGAAAGGAUGGUGUUUCUGUAUUUUAAUCGUAUUGGGUGGCCUGCUUCGUUACCCACCAAUGAGCAGGGACUGUUUGCGAAAAGAGUUUUGCAGCAAAAGGAAAAGGCAUUAGAAGAGUUUGUGAUAUCAAAGAGUCUACCUUUACGACCUGGUCUUGAACAGUUUAUUGAUGAUGCAUAUAAUGAAGGAAUUCCAGUGGUAAUAUUAACGGCCUACAGUAAAAGUGGUGAUAGUAUUGCUGGGGCUGUAAGGGGUGGGGUAGGGUCCAUUAUGGAAAAGCUUGGUGAUCGAAGCAUAAAGGUCAUCGUUGUAGGGAAUGAGGAGGUUGAUCAAAGUUUAUAUGGACAACUAGUCUCGGGAAAGGUAAUUGCUUCUGAUUUGGAUGAAGAGAUUGCCAAGGAAGCCAAGAGAGCUGUUUUUGCUGAAAGACAAAGACUAGCUAAGGAGGUAGCGUCUAUGCUAAAAUUGAGCGUUGAGAUUGAUACCAACUCAUCUGAAAGUCUAGCUAAGAUUGUGGCUGCACUACGUGCGGGAGCAGAGUAUGCAGGGUUACCCGUCUGCGACUGUGUCCUUGUUGCUGGAAGCCAAUCUGGUGUAUCUGGAGCUACACAGGUGGGAAUGCCCUGUGUUGUUUUACGAAGCAGUUUGACAUCUAGAGCCGAGUUUCCAUUGGCAAACGCUACAGUGGAUGGAUUUGGAGGUGCAGAUCUAACAAUUUCAAAAUUACGUAAUCUACGCCCAAAGAAAGUACAAGGAAAGGACUGA